AUGCAAACGAAGAACAUCUGGAAUGAAGUAAGCAGAACGGUUCGACGCGGCGCGGGAAGUACGCCACAGCCCUUGAAAGGAAUUGGUCAAAGAGACAAUCGCUACGUGUGGUUGGCCCUACGAAACGGGAGCUGGCUGAUAGCAAGGCUACGACUACUGGAUGGAAGACAAAGCACCGUGUACGAAAUUCUGCAGGAGACCGGCAGCGGGAAC